AUGGAUGGCGCUAAGCGACACAACUGUGCUGAUGUCCGAUGGGCGCGCGACGCCGUCGUAGCUACGGGAGCGUCCCCACUUCCUCUUCAUUCUCGGUGGGAGGCAGCAGAGGCAUCUGCUCCAGACUCUUUCUUUCUUUCUUUCUUUCUUUCUUUCUUUCUUUCUAGUGUAUUGCAUAUUCCUUCUUUUCUUUUUUUUUUACGGAAUCUGACUUUAUUUCCUUUCAGUUUUUUUUUGUUUAAUCUUAAUAUUUUUUAUUUUUCAUUUAUUAUUUCUUUAAUAUUUUAUUUUUUGUAUAUUUUCUUUCUUUAUAUUUCCUUUUUCUUUAUUGUUUAUUGCUUUUCUUUCUUUCUUCAUUCAUCCUGCUUCAUUUACUAUUUUAUUUUUGAUAUUUUCUUUCUUUUUCUUUCUUUCUUUUUCUUUCUUUAUUUACUAUUUUUAUUUUUGAUAUUUUCUUUCUUUUUCUUUCUUUCUUUACUAUUUUUAUUUUUGAUAUUUUCUUUCUUUCUUUUCUUUCUUUCUUUCUAG